AUGCGUCCUACUACUGCAGCAGCGCCGGGCGAGGACAUGUCUGGCGACGACAUGAAGUCCGAGAAGCACGGAGGAAGGCCCGAGAACGAGAUCGGGCCCGGCGAGGUGGAUGUGGAUACUCCUCGUUCUCUCCCGCCCAAGGGCGACGAGACGGGCAAGUCGUCACGCGACAGAGAAGAAGUCGUCGACGCGAGCGACUUGGAGAUCGGCACCAACCAGACCGACUCGAUGAGAGAUUCCAAGGGCAAGGGAGCGAAAGUGGCCCGGUUCUACAGGAAGUUCAGGCUUCCGAUCCACGUGUUUGUAUGGAUGUUGUUCACGGCAUGGUGGAUCGUCGGCCUCGUCUUUCAGCGCGAUAAGAUGGGCUGGUUGAAGUCAUUCCUGGUCUAUCUCGCCAUCACCAUACGCAUCGUCACCCUGUGGCUCCCUGCCGCUGCCGUCAUGGUACCGUUGCGUUUCGUCUGGAAGCACACCGUCGGCAGAGCGUACGAUAUGAUCCCCAGCAAGCUGCACCAGCCUCUUGCCGCGCUCCUCACCAUCGGAGUGUUCCUGGUCGGUUCAAUGGUCCCGGAGGAAGUCGGCGAGAACACUCGUGCCAGCCGCGCCAUCAGUCUGUUUGGCCUGCUUCUCAUGAUUGGUCUUCUCACUCUCACCUCCCGCGACUGGAGGAAGAUUCCCUGGCAUACCGUCAUCGGCGGGAUGCUCACGCAGUUUAUCAUCGCUGUCUUCGUGCUCAAGACGGGCGUCGGCUACGACAUCUUUGCCUUCAUCUCCGAGAUGGCCCGGACGCUUCUGGGUUUCGCAAAAGAGGGUCUCGAGUUCUUGACGGCGACUGAAGUAUCUGCUCUGACCUGGUUCCUCAUUUCUGUGAUCCCGGCCAUCAUUUUCUUCAUCUCGCUCGUUCAAUUGCUCUAUCACUGCGGGUUCCUGCAAUGGUUCAUCAAGAAGUUUGCUGUCUUCUUCUUCUGGUCCCUCCGCGUCUCAGGCGCCGAAGCCGUGGUGGCGACGGCAACCCCCUUUGUCGGGCAAGGUGAAUCGGCAAUGCUGAUCAAGCCCUUCGUGCCGUACCUCACACUGGCAGAGAUUCAUCAGGUCAUGACCUGUGGCUUUGCGACUAUCGCGGGAUCAGUGCUUGUUGGUUACAUCGGCCUCGGCCUCGAUGCCCAAGUCCUCGUUUCGUCAUGCGUCAUGUCAAUUCCGGCGAGUAUUGCAGUGUCGAAGCUCCGCUACCCAGAGACGGAGGAAAGCAUCACUCGCGGUAGUAUCACGGUGCCGGAGGAUGAAGAGAAGGCCGCCAACGCCAUCCACGCCUUUGCCAACGGAGCUUGGUUCGGCAUCAAGGUGGCUGGCAUGAUUGUCGCCACCCUUCUCUGCAUCAUCUCCUUCGUCGCCCUCAUCAACGGCAUUCUCGGCUGGUUCGGCAAGUUUCUGGGCAUCGAUGACCCGCCAUUGACCCUUCAGCUUAUUCUGGGCUACGUCUUUUACCCUGUUGCUUGGUGUCUGGGAGUGCCCAACAAGGAUCUGCUCACCGUGGGAGAGCUCAUUGGAAUCAAGAUCAUUACCAACGAAUACGUUGCUUUCAACUCUCUGUCAAGCAAGGUUGAGCCCUACGUCUCCAUGUCUCCUCGCUCCAGACUCAUUGCAACCUAUGCCUGCUGCGGCUUCGGCAACAUUGGUUCUCUCGGCACUCAGAUCGGUGUUCUCUCGCAGAUUGCUCCCGGACGCGCUGGUGAUGUAUCACGAGUUGCCCUGUCUGCCUUGUUUGCCGGCGUACUUUCAACCCUCACGUCUGCGAGCGUUGCUGGCAUGCUGUACACUGGCUAG